AUGGAAACUGACGGCGAACAACUGGAGAAGCAGCUUAAAGAAAAUAAAAGUAAGAAAUUAAUCACAACAGAACAGGAGCGGAUGCCAGCACUCUCAACAGCAUCCAUACAGUUGCAUCCUACAUGGAGGGUGCCAGUAAAGAUGCAGAGAUACGAAAUGAGAUUCCUCGUAGAUAGUGUAUCAAGUGCUACGCUAUUAAAUACAGAUCAAUUUAAUAAAAUUAAGGCACAUCCAAAGCAGCAAUUGAGUGUUGGAAAGAGUGGCCUAAAGCUGGCAAAUGGAGAUCUGCUGGAAAUCACUGGAGAAACUGAAGUUCACCUCGAAAUCGCCGAGCGAAUCUACAAGAAAAAGGUAAUGGUUGCACAGUUAGGAGAUCUGGAUGAGAUAUUAGGGCUUGAUUUUCUUGUCCCAAACAAUGCAAUUUUCAACAUGGCUUCGGGGAUGCUGUCAUUGAAUGGGCAAGACAUCCAAGGAUGCUGGAUAGGUGGAGAGGGUGGUCGACCUGUCUACGUAGAAGAAACUACCAAGAUACUGCCAGGAAUCGACUCUAGCGUUCCUGGAUGGACAUACGCGGAUGCGAAUGUAUCCACAGCCAAGAACGUAAGACUGAUACCUAGCAUAGAAUUUAAGAAGCUGGAGUCUCGGGGAAUUCAGCUGAAGGAGACUGUGCUACCACGAGAAGUGAUGAAAGUACCCCUCGUCAUCAGCCACGCAGGGGAAAGGCCUGUCCUGCUGGUGGAGGAUCAACAAGUGGGUCAACUGAAGCCCAUCGAGGAGGAAGCGACGAUGCAGGGACAGGAGAGGGUAAACGCUCUGAAUGCAAUAGCACCCGGACAGCUUGAGGAUCACCUAAGAAAUUUACUGGACAGAGCAGAUGCGAGGCUGGAGUUAGAGAAACGAAGCCGAGUCACUAAAACGCUGUAUGACUAUCGAGAUAUAUUUGCUGGACCAGGAGAUGGCCUAGGAAGAACGAGUAUCGUUAAGCAUAAGAUCGAUACUGGACAUGCCAGAACGAUCAAGCAACCACCGCGCCGAGUUCAUUUCCAUAGGCAGGCAGACAUGAAUAAUGAAAUAGAGGAGAGGCUAAAGAAAGGAGUCAUUGAACUUGGCAAUGAACCAUGGGCUUCCCCGGUUGUAUUAGUGACUAAAAAGGACAGAGAAGUUAGAUUCUGUGUUGACUAUAGAAAAGUUAAUCAGGUAAUACGAAAAGAUGCAUUCCCACUAUCCAGGAUGGACAACCUGCUGGAUGCCUUAAGCGGAGCCUACUGGUUUGCAACAUUAGACCUAGCAGCUGGCUACUGGCAAGUAGAAAUGGAUGAAGAGUCCAAGGAUAUCACGGGGUUCUCCACAAAGGACGAUUUGUGGCAUUUUGUGUAA